UUUACUCGCGGCUUUUCAGGCGUUUUAUAAUCGGCUAAAUGUCUGUUUCUAAUAUCUGUAGCCGGCGAGGUAGGUGCUGUUUUGUGGUCGGCGCUGAGCCCGCACGCCCUGCCUGGCUGUUGUUGUGUUGUCUGGGGCGGGGGUUGGGGGUCCAGUCAUACAAGAGUUGCCCCAAAACCCAACUACUAGCUGGCUAGCUGGUUAGCUUUCUCUGUUUCGUCCAGCAGAGACUCACCGCCCUGUAUACGUAAAUCUAUUCUCUAUAUAUCUUAAUCACCCACUGUUUUCCAGAUACAGUCCCGCUGGACUAAUGAAACUCACCUGUUCAGGGAUGAUCACUUUAUCAACAAGCUAACAGUCGUUAGUCAGCUCACUAGUGCUGGAUACACCAAUUUACAAACAUGUUUGUUGUUUUGUCAACACGUUUGUUUUGCAGGAGCAUAAAACCACACGCUCUCAAUUGAGAAUCACUCACUACCCACAUUAUUUUCAUCUUUAAGAUACUUGGAUUGAUUGAAAGAAAACGGCUUAUUCUGAAUUGACCGGUCUGCAUACAUUACUGUGCUAAAGCUUUUUGGCACUUAAAGUACUGAAAGCAGAAGAAAAGUAAAUCAAAUCAAUAUUUGGUGUGAUCACCCUUUGACUUUAAAACAGCACUAGUUUUUCUCGGUACACUUGGGUAGAGUUUCUCAAGGUGCUUGACAAGUAGGUUGUUCAAGGCAACUUGCCACAGUUCUUCUGUGGAUUUAGGCUCAGUGUCUAACUGGUCAGAUGCUUCCCUGAUGGUUUUGUGUGAUGAAUAAGAACCUUAACAUCUAAAGUGCCUAAAGCUCUUGCACGGUAUAUCUGCUAUAUUUUUUCCUUUACAGACGUCAUGAUGAUAAAUUUAAUAGUUUACUCAUAACAAUAGUCAUACUGCUUCCUGCGGUGUAACCUGCCUCUUAGAGUCAGUUGGGUGGCAAGAUAUUAAUAUCCCCUACCGCAAGGUAACUUGUGUGUUUAUAACAAGUCAUUUGCUUUAUAGUGCCAAGGAUGCCAUUUACCACUAAGGUUUUGGUAAGUCUCUUAAACUUAAAGGACAAACUGCAAUGUUGUUGUAUCUUGAAUACAAUGAAAAUAAAAGUAAUCUUAUUGUAUCUUAUCUUACUUGCCCUCUUUUAGUCUUGAACAUGUGCUAAAUACCAUAGCAUGACAGGAAGUUGUUUCUCCUGUCAUAGGACUUGUUACUUUGAUAAAAUUCAUUAACAUUCUGGUUUUUGAUCAUAUUUGGAAUAUGAUGUUUACAUGCAACACAGAGAAACCAGGUUAUAACCCUAUCCCUGUUUACAUGAUCAUAACAGUGCCCAGGUUUCUUAUGGUUAGUUUGUGAGCAACUGAACACAGUGUGGUUUCUGGCUGUCUGAACUCUGCUGUGUUUAUUGCUCUUCUGGACUUGGCUUCUGCAUCUGAUCACCAGUGAUCAGAGGAAACAAGAGCAACAACACAUUUCAUGAUCUACAUUGCCAAAUCAGACUUUCCCUUCCAACAAGUGGAUCAGCAUUACAUCAUUUCUAGUUGAGGAUGGACCGGCAAACAUGGCACAGAUGUAUUUUGUUUUUAAGAUUGUCAUAAUUUUUCAGUCUACCUGACUGUUGUGUUUUUUGUCACCCAUGGUGACGUGUGCUGUGCACCAAACCAUUGGGGCGUUAUUGCCUGAUAAACUACAGAUAUUACUGCUGGACCUAAAUUUCUAGACAUACUGUAUAAUUGGUGAUUUGCUAAAUCUAAAUAGAUUGCUCUGGUUUUCCAGCUCCUGAUUCCAGCAUGUAAAAAUAUUAGCCUUAUGUUGUCAUGCCUCUACUUUCAGGCUUUGGCCCCUGAUGAUUUGGGUGGGUGUGGUCUCUUCUGUCACCCCUCAUCCUGAGUGAAGCCCCCCCUCUGUUCCCCCAAACACACACGCAUUCAAACCACGGCGAUGACACACCAUUCCAACAACUCUGUUCGAGACCAUAUGAAAUGGGCUGGGUUGCUGGGCUGCGAGGCAGUGCUGUCCAGCAUGGCCCUGAUGCAAGCCAACAGCAUCCCAGGCCAGAAGAAGAUGAUGUCACCCUUGGGUCAGGGGCACAGGGCCAGUCCGGAGAGCCAGCAAAGCCACUCGCAGCACAGCCACAACCAUCAUGGACACCAGGUUCACCACGGACAACAACAGCACAGCCACAUGGGACACCCUUCAGCCGGGAGCUGUCCACCCCUGCUAAUCCGAAAAGACGGUGACUAUCACUCAUCAAGAAUUAUGGAUGGAAAGGACAUGCAGGCAAACCAGAAUAUGCAACCCAAGAAAAAGCACAAAAAAUCAGGAUCAUCCAACAAAGUUAAAGAGAAAGUGGAGCAUUUGCUUCCACAAGUCAACAUGGAUGACGACAGUUCCUUGAAAGUCCAGAAGAACUUCAUCUGUGACCACUGCUAUGGAGCUUUCCGGAGUAGCUACCACCUCAAGCGACAUAUACUUACACAUACAGGGGAAAAGCCAUUUGCUUGUGAUGCGUGUGAUAUGCGGUUCAUUCAGCGCUACCACCUGGACAGACACAAGAGGGUACACAGCGGAGAGAAGCCAUACCAGUGUGAUCGCUGCCAUCAGAACUUCUCACGGACAGACAGGCUGCUGAGGCACCGAAGGCUGUGUACAGUUGGGAUUAGCAAAGAAGAAAACCAGUACUCACAGGACGCAUCUGCCCAUCCAGCUUCCUGGAGCCCCCUACAGCCUUCCAACAACCGUCUGACUGUCUGACCCCCAGCCCCCAAGACCCCCCACAGAGACCCUAUAGAUGACAGCAGUCUGCAGCUCAGUAAUGUCGAACAUUGGGGCUCAGCAGUACUGUAACCUGAAAACAGCCUAGCUUAAUAACAACCAAGCUUUAGUUUGCUCUCACCAGCUCAUUCAUAGAGCUCGAUAGUGGAUUUUUGUACUUUUUUUAAUCUACUGCUUGAUUCCUGAUACACCCAAAAGAGGGAGUAGGACGACAACUUCACAAUCUUGGACAACAGAUCAUGGUAUUACGGCAAUAACCUAUUAAAAAACGCACACAUUUCCUUUUAUCUGAAAGGUUGCAGGUAUUUUCUUUUUUUUUUUGGUAUUGCUGCCAAGAGAUAUUUUUGACUGCAUGGACUCUCAAUGUCCCACCUCUGCAGCACCUCUUAGGCAUCCCACUGACCUGCAGUCAGCCCCAGAGCAGCCUGUUACUAACAAACACAGAACCAUGUUGCUUUUUAGUGUUCAAGUCCUUCUUUUUUUGUGUUCCUUCGGGUACUAAUCAUGUACCAGCUACUGCUGAUAAGUGAAACAUCACAGCAGACUCGAGGUGCGUGCUGCCUCGAGGAAGUAAUUAGCCACCUACCCAGCGACCGUGUUCUGUGCUGAACACAACACCAACAGUACACAACACUAAAGACAAGUUGAAAAAUGCUAAAGGUUCUCCUGAAAUGUUGAAUUUUCAACUGAUUGUGGUGUUAGUUAAGUUGUGUAGCAACUACUGACACACACAUCCACUGCUGUACCUUGUUUUAAAGGGGUGAUGUUCUGACUCUUAAUAGGAUAUGCUGUUGAAAUAUAGUAGAAGGCUGACGGGUUUUGUAGGAAUAACCCAGAUUUUUUGAUGCUUUUGAACAAAUUUAGUGAGCUUUUUAUUGUUAGCUGGAUGUAGGAGCCACUCGUCAGUUGCAAAAAUGAGGUCUUUCUUAAAGUGCUCUCAAUAUAAAAUUCAAUGCGUUUACUGUCUGUUCGUAGAAACCACUGUCAGUCUUAUUUUUUUCCACUCAGUGAUAGAUCCCUUUGCCUCUGAAAGCCUUCCAUCCUUUCAGAGAAUUUUCAUCGGUGAGGCAGACUCAGCAUAUUAUCUGUAAUCCUGAGAUUUACCUGAAAGUUCCUGGGUGUACAUUAGCCUGUGAAAUCUCAUCAAAACAGAUUUUUGUAAAGCUGUUUGCACACA